CAGAUUUUUUUUGUUGCAUGGUGAAGGGCACUUCUGACUCAGAAGUUUAAUUCAAUUGCAGAUUUUAAGUUUCUGGGGUGCACAGAGAAGAACAGGACAGCCAUGUUCCGAAACAGUCUCAAGAUGCUUCUUACAGGCGGGAAAUCAAACCGCAAAAACAGAUCCAGUGAUGGAGGGAACGAGGAGCCACCAGACCGGAGACAAGCAAGUGUAGAUUCCCGCCAGAGUCGAUCUGGGCAAGGCACCUCCACAGAGAACGACUGUGCUUUUGAACCAGACUACGCUAUUCCUCCACUCCCAAUGACCGAAGGUAUGCAGCACAUUCGGAUUAUGGAGGGCAUGUCCCGCUCUCUUCCAUCCUCCCCCUUACUCACACAUCAGUCUAUCAGUGUUCGGCUCCAACCUGUGAAGAAAUUAACUGCCCCCCUGAGGAAGGCAAAGUUUGUUGAGAGCCCUCGAAUUCCAGAGUCUGAGCUUGGCUCACCAACACUUACUUCAGCACAGAAACUGGACGUUGAUGCAUACUGCCCUGGUGAAACAGAACAGGAGCUGGGACCCCCUCCAUCCGUAGAUGAGGCAGCAAAUACACUCAUGACUCGCCUGGGCUUCCUCCUUGGAGAGAAAGUCACAGAAGUACAGCCAGGGCCCCAGUACAGCAUGGAGGUGCAAGAUGAGAAUCAGACCUCGGCAGUAACUCAGAGGAUAAGUCCCUGCUCUACACUGACAAGCAGCACAGCCUCACCACCAGCCAACAGUCCCUGCUCCACCCUCCCUCCAGUCAGUACAAACGUCACAUCCAAGGAUUGCAACUAUGGGGCUGUUACCAGUCCUACAUCCACUCUUGAAAGCAGAGAUAGUGGUAUUAUAGCUACUUUGACAAGCUAUUCUGAAAAUGUGGAGCGCACUAAAUAUGGAGGGGAGAGCAGCAAAGAAUUAGGAUCCGGAGGAAACAUGAAACCUUGGCAGUCUCAGAAAUCCAGCAUGGACUCCUGUUUAUACCGGGUGGAUGAAAAUAUGACCGCCUCUACCUACAGUUUGAACAAAAUCCCAGAAAGAAAUUUAGAGACAGUUUUAUCUCAAUCUGUACAGUCUAUUCCACUUUACCUUAUGCCACGGCCAAACUCAGUAGCAGCCACCAGCUCAGCCCACUUAGAAGAUCUAGCUUACCUGGAUGAGCAGAGGCACACACCCCUACGCACAUCCCUCCGAAUGCCUCGGCAGAGCAUGGCAGGUGCCCGCACACAACAGGAUUUAAGAGUACGCUUUGCACCUUAUAGACCUCCUGACAUCUCUUUGAAGCCACUGCUCUUUGAGGUGCCCAGUAUCACCACAGAGUCAGUGUUUGUUGGCCGGGACUGGGUGUUCCACGAGAUCGACGCGCAGUUGCAGAGUUCCAACGCCAAUGUGAACAGAGGUGUGGUCAUUGUUGGGAACAUUGGUUUUGGUAAAACAGCUAUCAUCUCCAGAUUGGUUGCGCUGAGCUGCCAUGGCACACGCAUGAGACAGAUUGCCUCUGAUAGUCCACAUGCCUCCCCAAAACAUGUGGAUGCAAACAGAGAGCUCCCCCUAACACAGCCACCAUCUGCUCACUCCUCAAUCACCAGUGGAAGCUGCCCUGGAACUCCUGAAAUGCGCAGACGUCAAGAAGAGGCCAUGCGGAGACUGGCCUCACAGGUUGUUGCUUAUCACUACUGCCAGGCUGACAAUGCCUAUACUUGUCUCGUGCCCGAGUUUGUACACAAUGUGGCAGCGCUGCUCUGCCGCUCACCACAGUUCGUUGCAUACAGAGAACAGCUGCUGCGGGAGCCACAUCUACAGAGUAUGCUCAGCUUGAGGUCCUGUGUUCAAGACCCCAUGGCCUCCUUCCGGAGGGGAGUCUUGGAGCCUUUGGAAAAUCUUCAUAAAGAGAGGAAGAUCCCUGAUGAAGAUUUCAUCAUAUUAAUUGAUGGUUUAAAUGAAGCAGAGUUUCACAAACCAGAUUAUGGGGACACCAUAGUAUCAUUCCUGAGCAAAAUGAUUGGAAAAUUUCCAUCCUGGCUAAAGUUAAUAGUAACAGUCAGGACAAGUCUACAGGAGAUAAUAAAAUUGUUGCCCUUCCAUAGGAUAUUUCUGGAUAGACUGGAAGAGAAUGAAGCCAUAGACCAGGACCUGCAAGCAUAUAUCCUUCAUCGAAUACACAGCAGCUCUGAGAUCCAGAACAACAUCUCCCUUAAUGGCAAAAUGGACAACACUACGUUUGGCAAACUCAGUUCUCAUCUCAAGACCUUGAGUCAAGGGUCCUAUCUAUACUUAAAACUCACUUUUGAUCUCAUAGAGAAGGGCUACUUGGUACUAAAAAGCUCCAGCUAUAAAGUAGUCCCAGUCUCUCUUUCAGAAGUUUACCUGUUGCAGUGCAAUAUGAAGUUCCCGACACAGUCUUCCUUUGAUCGGGUUAUGCCUCUCUUGAAUGUGGCAGUGGCAUCUCUGCAUCCAUUAACAGAUGAGCAUAUUUUUCAGGCUAUUAAUGCAGGUAACAUUGAGGGUACUCUGGAAUGGGAUGACUUUCAGCAGAGGAUGGAGAACCUUUCCAUGUUUCUUAUCAAGCGUAGAGAUAUGACACGAAUGUUUGUUCAUCCCUCUUUUCGAGAGUGGCUUAUCUGGAGAGAGGAAGGAGAAAAAACCAAGUUUCUUUGUGACCCUAGGAGUGGCCACACGUUGCUUGCCUUCUGGUUUUCCCGACAGGAGGGGAAGCUAAACCGACAGCAGACAAUUGAGCUGGGACACCACAUUCUCAAAGCACACAUUUUUAAGGGGCUAAGUAAAAAAGUUGGGGUAUCCUCCUCUAUCCUGCAAGGGCUUUGGAUCUCCUACAGCACAGAAGGUCUUUCAAUGGCACUGGCAUCUCUGCGAAACCUCUACACCCCUAACAUCAAGGUUAGUCGAUUGCUGAUUUUGGGAGGUGCCAAUGUUAAUUAUCGAACAGAAGUUUUGAACAACGCUCCAAUAUUGUGUGUCCAGUCACACCUUGGUUACACAGAGAUGGUGGCUUUAUUGCUGGAGUUUGGAGCCAAUGUAGAUGCCUCAUCUGAAAGUGGCCUGACGCCUCUUGGCUAUGCUGCUGCAGCUGGGUACCUGAGCAUUGUUGUGCUGCUCUGCAAGAAACGGGCCAAGGUGGAUCAUUUGGACAAAAACGGUCAGUGUGCUCUGGUCCAUGCGGCUCUCAGAGGUCACCUCGAGGUAGUCAAGUUCUUGAUUCAAUGUGACUGGACAAUGGCUGGCCAACAGCAAGGGGUAUUUAAAAAGAGCCAUGCCAUACAGCAGGCACUGAUUGCAGCAGCCAGCAUGGGCUACACUGAGAUUGUCUCCUACUUGCUCGAUCUUCCAGAGAAAGAUGAAGAGGAGGUGGAGCGAGCACAAAUCAACAGCUUUGACAGCCUUUGGGGAGAGACAGCCCUAACAGCUGCUGCAGGACGGGGUAAGCUGGAUGUUUGUCGGCUGCUUCUGGAGCAAGGAGCAGCUGUGGCACAGCCCAAUCGACGUGGAGUAGUUCCACUGUUCAGUGCAGUGAGACAAGGCCACUGGCAGAUUGUCGAUCUCUUACUCACCCAUGGUGCUGAUGUAAACAUGGCAGACAAGCAGGGUCGGACUCCUUUGAUGAUGGCUGCUUCAGAAGGGCAUCUGAGCACAGUGGAAUUCUUACUUGCACAAGGUGCAUCCAUUUCUUUAAUGGACAAAGAAGGACUGACUGCCCUCAGCUGGGCCUGUUUAAAAGGCCAUCUCUCUGUGGUGCGUUCCCUGGUGGAAAAUGGAGCUGCCACAGACCAUGCUGACAAAAAUGGACGCACUCCCCUGGACCUGGCAGCUUUUUAUGGUGAUGCAGAGGUGGUUCAAUUUCUGGUGGACCAUGGUGCCAUGAUUGAGCAUGUUGACUACAGUGGGAUGCGCCCACUUGACAGGGCAGUGGGCUGCCGCAACACAUCUGUUGUUGUCACUCUUCUGAAGAAAGGAGCAAAGAUAGGUUGUCAGACGUUACCGAGUCGCCCACGAGGUCCAGCAACAUGGGCGAUGGCCACCUCCAAACCAGACAUCAUGAUCAUCCUGUUAAGCAAGCUGAUGGAGGAGGGGGACAUGUUUUAUAAGAAAGGUAAAGUGAAAGAAGCUGCCCAGCGCUACCAGUAUGCCCUGAAAAAGUUCCCCAGAGAAGGGUUUGGAGAAGACCUGAAAACAUUUCGUGAGCUGAAAGUGUCACUCCUCCUUAACCUCUCCCGAUGUCGAAGGAAAAUGAAUGAUUUUGGAAUGGCGGAGGAAUUUGCCACUAAAGCACUGGAGCUGAAACCGAAAUCUUAUGAAGCUUACUAUGCAAGAGCAAGGGCCAAACGCAGCAGCAGCAGGCAGUUUUCAGCAGCCCUGGAGGACCUGAACGAGGCCAUCAAGCUGUGUCCGAACAACCGUGAGAUCCAGCGGCUGCUGAUGAGAGUGGAGGAAGAGUGCAGACAGGUGCAGCAGCAACAGCAACAGCAACAACCACCCCCUGAGGAGCCAGAACCUGAAGCCCAGCAUGAAGAACUGUAUUCUGUGCAAGACAUCUUUGAAGAGGAGUAUCUUGAGCAGGAUGUAGAAAAUGUUUCCAUUGGCUUACAGACAGAGUCAAGACCAAGCCAAGGGCUCCCCAUCAUCCAGAGCCCACCCGCGUCCCCUGCCCACCGGGAUUCAGCCUAUAUUUCUGGCUCACCUCUUGGUUCUCAUCAAGUCUUUGACUUCAGGUCUAAUAGUUCUAUGGGUUCACCAACAAGACAAGGGUACCAGUCCACUUCUCCUGCUCUGUCUCCAACACACCAGAACUCUCAUUACAGACCUAGUCCACCACAUACAUCUCCUGCUCAUCAGGGCUCUUCCUACCGCUUCAGCCCACCUCCUGUUGGGGGCCAGGGGAAACAGUAUCAAAGUCCACCGCCUUCACCCCUCCGUAGAGGUCCCCAGUAUCAUGCCAGCCCUCCUGCAGAAAGUAUGAGUGUCUAUCGGUCACAGUCUGGCUCCCCAGUACGUUACCAGCAAGAACCUAGUGUUAGCCAACUCCCUGGUAGACCAAAGUCUCCACUGUCCAAAAUGACGCAGAGGUCCUUCCAAAUGCCCCAGCUUCCUGUCGCAGUCCCACAGCAAGGGCUCAGACUACAGCCGGCAAAGGCACAGAUUGUCAGAAGCAACCAGCCAAGCUCUGCAGUGCAUUCUAGUACUGUGAUUCCAACUGGUGCUUAUGGCCAAGUGGCCCAUUCUAUGGCCAGUAAAUACCAGUCAACUCCAGGAGAAAUGGGGGUUGGGCAAAGUAGGUUGGUCUACCAGGGUUCAAUUGGUGGAAUAGUAGGGGAUAGCAGGCCAGUGCAACACGUUCAAGCCAGCCUUAGUGCAGGCGCAAUCUGCCAGCAUGGAGGACUGACUAAAGAAGAUCUUCCACAGAGGCCUUCCUCAGCAUAUAGAGGUGGGAUGAGAUAUAGUCAAACCCCUCAAAUAGGACGCAGUCAGUCCGCUUCCUACUAUCCAGUCUGUCACUCAAAGCUUGAUCUGGAACGCUCCUCCCUUCCCUCCAGCCAGCUUGGUUCUCCAGAGGUUUCUCACCUAAUAAGAAGGCCAAUUACAGUCAACCCCAGUGAAAUAAAGCCUCACCCACCAACUCCAAGACCACUGCUUCAUUCUCAAAGUGUUGGUCUCAGAUUCUCUCCUUCUAGCAAUAGCAUCUCAUCCACUUCCAACCUGACUCCCAACUUCCGCCCUUCUGCUUCUAUUCAGCAAAUGGAGAUCCCUUUAAAGCCAGCUUAUGACAGAUCAUGCGAUGAGCUUUCACCAGUCUCUCCAACUCAGGGGGGUUACCCCAGUGAGCCAGCCCGUUCCAGGACCACGCCAUUCAUGGGAAUCAUAGACAAAACAGCUCGGACUCAACAGUACCCACAUCUCCAUCAACAGAACCGGACCUGGGCUGUGUCAUCAGUGGAUACUGUUAUUAGUCCUACAUCUCCUGGAAACCUUCCCCAGCCAGAAUCAUUUAGCCCACCUUCUUCAAUCAGCAACAUUGCCUUUUAUAACAAAACCAACAAUGCACAGAAUGGCCAUUUGUUAGAGGAAGACUAUUACAGCCCCCAUGGGAUGCUGGCCAAUGGGUCCCGAGGAGACCUUUUAGAGAGAGUCAGUCAAGCCUCCUCGUAUCCAGAUGUUAAGGUGGCUAGGACACUGCCUGUUGCACAGGCCUACCAGGACAACCUGUACAGGCAGCUUUCCAGGGACUCUAGACAAGGGCAGACAUCCCCUAUCAAACCAAAGAGACCGUUUGUGGAGUCUAACGUGUAAAUGACACUUGUUGGAGUAAGACCCUUAUGUUUUCAGCACACACUUCUGGGCUUGAUUUUCAUGCAUAUUAGUAUUCUUCUUAUUAUUUUUUAAUUUCUAUUUGAUAGUUUCAUGACCAAGUUUCUCCUGUAAUUGCUAUGUGGUGAUCAGCCAGCCAUGCACGUGCUCAAAGCCCUUUGUUAUCCAGCUGACUGUGAAGCCAACAUCAAACAAGCCAGUAUUGUUUGCCCAACUGAAACUGAGUUCCCUCACAGUUUUCAGCUGUCAAUCAGGAUAUUUUAGUAUAUGGUGUAGGUUAAUCCCAAUAUAGCCCCUACACAGUGGGAGGUAACCAGCUCUUUUCAAGAGACAAUCAUGUUCAAUUCAAAUUGGUCUCUUUUGUCUGCUUAAUAAGAUCUUGUGAAAUUAGAAAAUUUCUAGUGGGAACUGGCCUAGACUUGUGGCAGCCUUUACAGAGUGCAUUGUCCGGCGUUCCCCUAGACAACCAGUACGUUCCUCUUCCCAGUUGUCUCCUUGCUAAUUACAAAGAGCUAAUUACCUGCACAGAGUGGGGCUUGAUUUGUUUUAAUACUAAGUAGCUAUGCAUAAUAACCAUCCUGCUUUAUCUGGUUUAUAGAAUUUUAAUCUGAAUUAUAUUUGUUUGUUUUAAUGAUGCAAUCUGCCAGCAUGGGUGGGAACCACAACAUGCUGCGCAACUUUGACAGUUGUGUCCCAAAUGCCACAGCACUGAUUCACUCUGAGGCAUUUUAAAAAUGUGUUGAGAAGAAAUUGAACUUGGCCCCUUUUAUGCAUCUUAAUCAGCCCAGGUAAUUGGCUCAACCCAUCUUGUGCAUUUUAUAAGCUGAGAUUACCACAACCUUUCCUUCACACUGUUAGCAGAUGACUGCACUUCACAUAUGCACCAACCCCAUGUUUUCACCAGGACAAUUUAAGAAUUGGGUUUAGUUUGGUUUGGCUCAAAAGAAAAAUGGGAUGGGGGAAAAAGCUUAAUUAAGGAAGGAAAUUUUAAGUCUUUCUUUGCCCGUGAUGCCCAAAGCGACAUGAUGGUUCCCAAGAGAGAAAGUGGCCAAGGAGUCACAUCAGUGAAGUCCUUCUGAAAACACAGCCUUGCCAUGCCAUUUCCUUUCUGUUUGCACCUGCUCUUUGGAAUCUGUGUGCUGUAGUGAGGGGCUGCACUCCUCAAAGGGAAGAAGGAAUAAAAAUGGGUGUUUUCCUAGAGCUGCCAGAUUUGUUCCUGGAAUUUUGCAAAGCAGUUGCUGUGAUCCAUACCUGUAAAUGCUAGAGGCAAUGUUUUGCUCUUUAAGGACCUGUAGUUAAAAGAGAGAUAUUUAUAAUUAAUUUAUGUGAUCUAUUUCAGGAAAUUUGUUUUGGGGUAUAUCUUUUUUUUCUUUUCUUUAAUUAGAUGCAGCUAGUGUUGAGGCAGUGUGAAAAAGCAGGGGACAUUUCCAAAACCCGGUUUACAGAGCUUUCCAAGUAGUCUCUGAAGUUUUGUUUGCAUAGAGGAGACUUUCUGAGCCUGUUCUACGUUUCUUGUUAGUUGCAUUUUAUAAUCCACCUUUUCAGUGACUAAGAGCAAACAGCCAGGUGAGUGGAAAAGAAGUUUGUUACUGUAACUUGUUUUAAAGCAAAAUAGUGCCUGCUACCUAACACUGAAGCUAGUUCAUGUCAACUCUUAAAAACAGAAUGGGAAGUGACUCCGAGGGAGAGAAGUUAAAUGUGUUUCUGUUUCCAAAGGGCUAUGUGAACCUGUCAUUGAAGGAAGGACUCAUUGAACCAAAAUAAGGGCCAAUCCAACAUUAGAGUCAAUUGGCACGUCUAUAUUGUGAUUUCUGUGCAGCUGCCCUGAUUUAUGCCAGGCAGGGAUCUGGCCCUGAAUCACUCAGCAAACUCUGGCUCUGAUUAGCUUUUUUGUUUGCGUGAAGCUGUGAAGCGGAUCAGCACAGUUUGUUGUAAUUUGCUUACUUAUUUUGCUUAGACCAAAUGGAGACACAUAGGCCUCAGGACAGGUCAGACUCGUGUCCCACAGACAGACUGAAAGUACUCUUGGUUUUUUUGCCUCUGCGUUGUUUGGGGAUUAUUAAGUUUCUUUAAUUCAAGAUAUUUAUGGGUCUAUUUUCUAUUUGUCCAAGCCAGUAUUUGUAUUGGGGUUUGGGUUUUUUUUCUUUCCCAAGGGGGUAUGAAGGUACAACACAAUUCUUACCCUUUGCUUUAUUACAGGGAUCUGUAAAGCAGGUUAUAAAACUGGGAGCCUCCCCAGAUACUUAUGCCUCCUUCCCAGCCUGUUUGUAUGAGGCCAUGAGGAAAUAGGAAUGUGCAUGCACUAUUCCUCUUUGAAAGGGAUGUUGACUUUUUUGUUCCUCUCUUUUUUAAGAAGUGUGCUCUGCCUUAUAAGGAAUAACUGAUUAUUUUAAUCUGCAUACCGUGCACCUCGUUAGCUAGAACUUGUAUAUUAAUGGGUUUUUUUGAAUAGCGUCAUGUUUUUGUUCCAGGCCUUCUUUCCCUCAGCUUUCCUGAGCAAAUGAGUGGCUUUCUAUCUUUGGUAGUUUCUUUUGAAAGGACAAAGUAACCAAAUCCAGCCCAUUCCCUUUUUUUAUUACCGUAAACAAGAUGUGCUACUGCCAUAAGCCAGUCAUCUCCAAUUUUCUUGUUAUCAGAGAAUCCAAAUGGAAUGAUCCUUGUUGAAGAGAAUGCCAUUGUAAUAACUCUGACUGUGCUUUGCUUCGCUAUUCACUGCCGUGUGAUUCCAGUACUGUACUUUAGAAAUGUCCCCUAAGAAGCACUUACAUGUACAACUUUGGGUUUAUGAAGAUGUAAGGGAAAACAAAACAAAACAAAAAACAGCUCACACUUUAACACAAAUACAAAAAUGAAACAAGGCUUAAAUACUGCAGUGUGCAGGGUUUUUUCACAACACCAUGUGUUACAUUUUCACAGAAUUCUUGCACUAAUGGUUUACCAUCUGUUCUUUCUGUAAAUGGGUGCACUUUACUGUUUGAAUUUGUUACUAUGAUAAAUACUGGAUAUUUAAGCGUGAGUAGUGUCUUCAUUAGAAAAUAGCAGAACAGCUCUUGUCUCUUAGUGUAUUUUUCAAAAAAAAAAGAAAAAAGAAAAGAAAUGAAGCAAUGAAUCAUAACAUUUAUAGCACAAGAACUCACAGUUGUAUAUAAGCAUCAAAAGAUUGAGUAAUUUUUAAAUACAAAAAUAUUUACCGUGAUUUUUUUAAAGCGCUUCCCCAGCAAUUUUCUUAGGGACAGCUGAAACAUAAUUGUUGCUUUAGUAACUGGAUCAGUAAGGAACAUACUUCUCACUUGAAAAUCAAAUAUUGUGUGUCAUUCGAAGUCCUGAUUGGAAUUUGGCAUGGGCAAAAUGGAGAUUAUUUUGUAUUUUCUGUUGUAUAUGGUCCUGAUUGUAAAGUACACUAUCCAACCACAACUCAGUAGAGCACAAGACUGUAAUUUUGCUUACUGUCCCUUCACCCCUUCAUCUUAGCUGCAAAUCUCAUGAACUUGUCCACUCAGGAAAGUGUAGUAGGACAGUGUGCAGUAGCCCAUCUGGCAGUCAGAUUUGCCAGGUACAGUGUUGAGUGAUUCAGAGAUACUGUACCUUUUUCCUGUUGGAGUAAUUGAGACUACCAGCAUCAUCCCCAGUCAGCACCCUAGCUGGAGUCAGGUAGUUUGAGAAUCCCCACACUGCUAGCUUGUAGGUGCACCAAAUAAAACAGCUUCUUGAUACCUUAAGACCGUAGGAAUUUGUUCCUUGGAAUGUAUUCUGUUGGCUAUGCCUAAGCAAAUGCUCGUGUUUGACCAAACCAGCCACUAGAUGGCUCUCGGACUCUGCAAAAAGUUGCUCUGAGAGCCUUUCUAUUGUAGUGAUGAGUCACUAUAGAGCUGAAGUCCCAGUUUUGGGAAUUGGGUGCUUGUCAAGUUCCUGUUGAGCACAUUUCCCAGAUGUUGGUUUUUUUUUUGCUUUGCAGGCUGGAAAGGCCUCAGGAGAGAGGGCAGUAGCUAUAUGUGUCUGUCUCUCCAAAUCCUUAGCUGCUGGUUUCAGGGUGGCAUCAAAGGGCUUGAGAGCCAGUUGUCAGCUCAUCUAGGUGCUUAGGAGAUGGAAGUGUUCUAUAGAGCUGGGGGCAAGGGAGCAGAGAGCUUGGCAACCUGUUUCCUUUUGUUGCUGGAUUCAAAUCAAUGCUCUUGUGUAGGCGAUGAAGGCUGUGCCAGCUACUGACUGACCAAGGCCUUUGGAAUCAAGCUCACGGUAAGUUCCGAUGGUUUAGUUUGAAGAGCAGAUUUUUCCCCCUUUAAAAUGGCUGUAAAGCAACUUGCUUGGCUGGUGGAAAUGCUUUUUUUGUACAUAUGAUGCAUACCUAAGCCAUAGUUUGGAUUAGGUCCUUGCCAGGAUGGCUGCUAAAUUCCCAGUAAUUCAGUUCCCUAGUGCAAAGACUAUUGUCAAUUCAGGGUUACCCAGAAGAAGUCUAGCUAAAACCGAAGUGCCAGCUAUGCCUUAUGUAGAGAACAAAGCAAGCCUGAGUGCCUGCUAGUUUUUCACCUUAAACGCUGAGGUAGGUCCUUGCUGAUCUGUCACAAGCUAUUUGGUUGUUGCAUCUUUUUUUUUUCUUUUGAGAGUUCCAGACAAUUCAUCUACCAAGAUUAAUGGUAUUUAAACAAGGGCUUAGGGAAAGAGCUACUGUACCUCCUGUGACAUGUCACAGAGACCUCCAGAGUUAAAUGCCUUUACUCAGUAAUGGAAAGUUUGGUGGGGAUGCAUUUGGACACAAGCACAAUGGCAAAGGUUGAUCUGCUUUUUCAGGGUUACUUGAACAAUUGCUGGACUUUCAUUCAAUCAAACUUUUUCUAAUACAAACCACAAAGGGCUCAAUAAUUUAGCAAGAUUCGUUUGUGUCCAACUCCUGACAACAGCUGGAUUGCACUGGAACCUUUCCUGAUACACAACAGAUCCCCAUGAGAAAACAAAGCAAACGCAAUUGUCACCAUUAAAGUGAAUGGAGCCAAAUAAAUACUCAGUAUCCUUCCCUCCUAAUUUUCUAGCAACCACUUAACUGCUGUCAUGCUACUUAGCAGGAAGCGGUCAGUUCCAGUCUGACAUUUCUGCAUCCUGGUUCCUGUAGUCAUUAAAAUGGAGGGCUACUGUGAAAAGGGGCUUGUCACUGGUCUUUCGUACAUAUGGAUCAGUCCAAAGGAAGGAGAGUACUAGGCCUGUCCUCCAAUAACUGCUAACACAUGGAGUCUUGUUUCUGGUGGGUGGGAAAGCCUCAGGCUGGUAAAGUUAGAUCACUUUAGCUGCAGUCUGCCUUGCUCUGCACUGAUAUAACAGACACCAUUAGUAAUGUUUAGAGAUAAACUAACAGCAACACUGUGUGCAUAGGUUCAUUUUGUCAAGAUACCAGUAACGUAGAGACUCCAGCGUGGACUCUUCCAGCAGCAAAGGUGUCAUUUCUGUCUCUCAUUUUCUUUUCCACAGUAUUUACAGCAUUUCGUCUCUGUUCUGUCUUCACUUCCGAGAAGAUCUGACUUAGUACAAAUAUGUAUAGUCUAUACACUUUGGUGAUUUGUACUAUUUGCCAUCCUUCAAGACACUUGCUGGGAAGAUCUUUAAGACACUUAAUUUUCCUUUAGCUUUUCUAUAAUUCUGAUGUAAAGGACUUUCUCUGUACAGUAUAUUAUUCAAUGCAUGUUCUGUUCUCUCUACUGAUAUAUUGAACACCACACAGUUGUGAUAUUGUGCAGUGGGCAAGGCGACCCUGCACUCAGCUGAGGCCCUCAGCCUCUCAUGUAUAAGGAAAGAAAAACUAUUUUUUCCUUUGCUGUAUUUGCUUGAGCAGAGUUUUCUUGUCUGUACAUGUGAGCUGUGAGAUAGAUGUGAAAAGUUCAAAUGAAUGCAUUUCCCCAAUGUAUACAGAUUGUAAUCUGUACAAUGAACUGUAUGUAUGAAAAAAAAUGUACUUAUUUAUAAAUGGUUAACACUUGGAAA